AUGAGGGAGGGGCCUAUAAAACCGAGUGGGAGAGGUUUCAAGUUUGAAACGUGUUGGCUUCUUGAUGAAGGGUGCGAAGAGGUGCUGCGGGGAGCAUGGAAUGCCGCGGAAGGGGCGGUGAUUCAGGACCGUUUGAGGGAGGUAGCAAGGAGUCUUCAAGGGUGGAGCAAGGCGGGGUUUGGAGAUUUGAAGAAAAAGAUAGAAAAAGUGGAGAUACGUCUCCAUAAGGCCCAGCAGGAACCUAUAAGUGCUGCUUCUUGUGCGAAAUGUGCGGAGAUUGAACUUGAACUCGAUAAUUUACACGCAAAAAAUGAAGCUUAUUGGUACUUAAGAUCCAGGGUAGCGGAAGUGAAAGAUGGAGAUAGGAACACUUCCUAUUUCCACCACAAAGCGUCUCAGCGAAAGCAAAGAAACUACAUCCAGGGGAUUCGUAGUAGUGAGGGUGUGUGGAAAACGGAGGCUGAUGAUAUUGAGGAGGAAGUGGUUGGAUAUUUCCGAACCAUUUUUACGUCGUUACACCCAUCCGAUGAAAGUAUGCAGGAAGUUUUGAAGUUUGUGAGCCCUUCAGUGACGCAGGAAUUUAAUGAUUUUUUGUUGAAGCCUUAUACAAAAGAGGAGAUAUAUUCAGCAUUGAGCCAGAUGCAUCCCUGCAAAGCCCCGGGCCCUGAUGGUAUGCAUGCACUAUUUUAUCAGAGGUUCUGGCACAUUAUUGGCGAUGAGGUAUUUUUAUUUGUGAGUAAUAUUUUACAUAACUUUGCUUGCCCUGGGAAUGUAAACUGUACUAAUAUUGCUCUCAUCCCAAAAGUAAAAUCUCCUAUUGUUGUAUCUGAGUUUAGGCCUAUUAGUCUCUGUAAUGUUUUGUACAAAAUAGCUUCGAAAGCUAUAGUUAUGCGGCUUAAAACUUUUCUCCCUGCUAUAGUAUCGGAGAACCAGAGUGCCUUUGUUCCAGGGAGAAUGAUUUCAGACAAUUCCCUUAUUGCUCUGGAAAUUUUUCACUCUAUGAAAAAGAGAAAUAAUAGCAGGAAAGGCUUAAUGGCAGUGAAGCUUGACAUGAGUAAAGCUUAUGAUAGGGUUGAAUGGGGCUUCCUACGAAAACUUCUGUUGACUAUGGGGUUUGAUGGCCGUUGGGUUAAUUUGGUGAUGAGCUGCAUUUCUUCUGUCACUUACUCUUUCCUGAUCAAUAGGAGAGUAUGUGGCUCGGUAUCUCCUUCCAGAGGGCUACGCCAGGGUGACCCUCUUUCUCCCUUUCUAUUUAUAUUGGUUGCUGAUGCCUUUUCUCAGAUGAUUCAGCAAAAAGUGAAUGCAAAAGAACUUCAUGGUGCAAAAGCUAGCCGAAAAGGACCGGAAAUUUCUCACCUUCUAUUUGCAGAUGACAUAAAAGGUGUAACUGUGGCAAAAGGAAGUGAUGAUAUCUACUCUUCUGUUGAGAAUGUGAAGAAAUUGCGAGGUUGGAAGGAAAAAUUGUUGUCAAGAGCUGGAAAGGAAGUUUUGAUCAAGGCUGUGAUUCAAGCCCUCCCUACUUAUCUGAUGGGGGUCUAUAAGAUCCCAAUGACAGUUAUAAAAGAGAUUCAUUCAGCUAUGGCGCGGUUUUGGUGGGGUGGCAAAGGUGCAGAAAGGAAAAUGCAUUGGUUAAGUUGGGAAAAGAUGUGUAAACCGAAGUGUAUGGGGGGCAUGGGAUUCAAAGAUCUUGGGGUGUUCAAUGAUGCUUUACUUGGCAGGCAAGUUUGGCGACUAUUACAUUAUAAAAACUCCCUUUUGAGUCGGGUAAUGAGUGCCAAAUAUUAUCCCCACGGAGAUAUAUUUCAAGCGAGGUUAGGAUACUCAAAUAGCUAUUCCUGGAGUAGUAUAUGGAGUGCGAAAAGUUUGGUGAAGGAAGGUUUGAUCUGGAAGGUGGGAGAUGGAAAAUCGAUAAAUCUGUGGCAGGAUCCGUGGCUUUGUGAUGAGGAUGGCCGUUUUGUUUUGAGCAAUAGAGUUGAAGGACUGGAGUUGGUGGGAGAUUUAAUUGAUGAUGACCGAAAAGAGUGGAAAACGGAUGUGAUUGAAAUUUUUUUUGAGGAACGUGAUCAAAAAUGCAUUCUAGCAAUCCCAUUGAGUUCAAGGUGCUUGCAAGAUGAAUUAACAUGGGCCUACUCUAAAGAUGGGACCUAUUCGGUGAAAACGGCCUAUAUGCUUGGGAAGGGAGGUAACUUGGAUGAUGUUCAUAAGGCAUGGGGUAUUUUAUGGAGUUUAGAGGUAUCCCCAAAAGUUCGCCACUUUCUUUGGAGAGUAUGUACCAAUUCACUGCCGGUACGUGCUGUACUUAGGGCCCGUCAUCUAGGUGAUCAAGACGAAUGCCCAUGGUGUCCGUAUGGCGUGGAAACGAUUCAUCACGCUUUGUUCACAUGCGAUCACUGGAAAUCGGUGUGGGGGGAUCUAGGAUGUCAGGCUAUGGUUGAUGGUGUGGAGGGUGAGACGAUGUGUGAGACGGUGGUGAGAUGGAGUGAGCUUGAUGCUAAGAUGGUGCAAAGAGGAAGCUUUUUAGCGUGGAAUGUAUGGACCGAACGAAAUAAGUUGGUGUUUGAAGGACAAAGGCAACCGGUGCCUGUCAUAGUCCAACGUGUGGGUAGGCAAUGUGAUGAGUUCAAUUCUUAUACUACUCGAAUCUAUGGAGGUCCGAAAAUGGGAGGUUGUGUGAGCUCGACGAAAUGGUGUGCGCCUCCUAGGGGAGUUAUUAAGCUCAACACGGAUGCUUACCUCGGGGAAGAAGGAUGGGUUGGAUUGGGCAUUGUAGCUCGUGAUUUUCAAGGGAAAGUUUGCUUUUCGGCUGUGCGUCGUACAGGGCCUGCUGGCCCGUGGCUAUUGCGGAGUGCAAAGCAAUUUACAUGGCGGCUAGGAUGGCCAAGGCUCAUGGUCUCGUGA